GCAGAAUGCCAUGCAGCAGCAGCAGCAGAAUGUCAUGCAGCAGCAGCAGAAUGUCAUGCAGCAGCAGCAGAAUGCCUUGCAGCAGCAACAGUUUCAGCAGCAGCAGCUGAAAAUACUGCAACAGCAGCACCACCAGAAUCAGCAGCUCCAACAGCAGCACCAGAAUCAACAGCCACAGCAGGCCCAGAACCAGCAGCAGCAGAACCAAAUGCACCAGUCGAGGAUCCAGCAGCAGCAGCAGAUGCUGCAGCUGCAACAGCAGCAUGCCCAGGCCCAGUCCAUCCAGCACAUGGUUCAGCAGCAGCAGGCUCAGGCCCAACCGGGCCAGCUGCCUCCACAUUCUCAGCAACAGCAGCAGCCAGGCAUGGUUCCUCAAGUUCUGGCUGGACAGAUGUCAUCGGCUCAACACGUGUCCAUCAGUGCACUCAAUCAGCAACAGCAGCUCAAGAUUCAAGCUUUCCAGGCCCGGGCAGCUUUGCAGCAACAGCAGGCAGCGCAGCAGGCAGCAGCACAGGCUCAGCUAGCAGCUGCUGGUGGCGUACCUGGACAGAUGAUGGCUCGCCCUGGGAUGCAGAUUCCACCACGGAUGCCUCGUGCUGCCCAGAACCCGAGCAUAGCACCUCCAAACUCUGCUGCACUAACUGCCCCACAGGUACAGCAGCAUCAGAUGAUGUCAUCACCAUCACCGGUGCAGGUCCAGACACCACAGUCGAUGCCUCCCCCUCCUCAGCCGUCACCUCAGCCUCCCUCCUCACAGCCCAACUCAGCGAGCUCAGGCCCGACUCCAUCUCCAGGUGGGUUCCAGCCCAGUCCAUCCCCUCAGCCCUCCCAGAGUCCAGCUAAUGCUCGAACGCCACAGAAUUAUGGUGUCCCUUCCCCUGGACCGCUCAACACUCCCGGUAACCCCAGCUCUGUGAUGAGUCCGGCUGGCGCCGUGUCUUUGGAGGACCAGCAGUACAUGGAGAAGCUCAAACAGCUGUCCAAAUACAUCGAACCGCUACGCAGGAUGAUCAACAAGAUUGACAAAAAUGAAGCAGAUAGAAAGAAGGACCUAAGCAAGAUGAAGAGUCUGCUGAACAUUUUGACUGAUCCCAGUACCAGGUGUCCUCUGAAGACGCUGCAGAAGUGUGAAAUCGCUUUGGAGAAGCUGAAGAAUGACAUGGCCGUGCCAACUCCGCCUCCUCCACCAGUCGCCACCAAACAGCAGUAUUUGUGCCAGCCACUGCUCGAUGCUGUCAUGGCCAACAUCCGCUCUCCAGUCUUCAACCACUCCCUCCACCGCACGUUUGCCCCUGCUAUGACUGCCAUCCAUGGAGCACCCCUUGUGACCACCAGCAGCUCCUCUCGGAAGAGGAAGAACGAGGAUGAUGAGCGACAGACCAUCCCUAACAUCCUGCAGGGUGAGGUGGCACGCCUCGACGUCAAGUUCCUGGUCAACCUGGAUCCUUCCUACUGCAGCAACAACGGCACCGUGCACCUCGUCUGCAAACUGGAUGAUAAAAACCUUCCCAGCGUUCCUCCCCUGCAGCUCAGCGUUCCAGCAGAUUAUCCAGAACAAAGUCCUUACUGGGCCGAUGACGGCACGCAGUACGACGCCAACGGCUUCCUGCAGACGGUCCACAGGAACAUGACAUCCAAGCUGCUGCAGCUUCCUGACAAACACUCUGUGACUGAACUGCUCAACACUUGGGCUCAGAGCGUCCAGCAGGCCUGUCUGUCAGCCACUUGAAGCCACGCCACCGGCCUUCAGUCUGGAAGCUCCGCCCCCACAUUUCAGUUUGAUAAGAAUGAAACCAUUGCGAUAGCUUACAUUUCGAUAUUGCUGUUCUUUCUGUGACAUAAACAUUGCUUUUUUUUUUGUUUUUGUUUUUUAUAAUGUUCGAGUUUGUGACAUGAAGCUUCCCAAUGAAGCGGUUAAGUCAAAUUUAACAAAUGGAACCCUCCACUGUAAAUACACCCUGCGGGACGCCACCUGUAGGUUUUCUGUAGAAACACGGAGCACUCUAUAUGAAACCCAUAUGUGGGCAUCACCACGUUGGCACUGCUGACUUUGGCUCCGUCAUGAUGAACCCAUAGUGGAUAAAGGGGAGGAGUGUGGCGACUCAGUGUGUGACAAAAGAAGCCUAAACACGCACUUAUCUUAGGGUCUGAACCAGAUAACAGGCUAACCUCUGUUCUCGAGUGUUUAUGAAAUCAUUUUGUGGACUGCACGGUGGCUCUCAUAACAGUCAGCUUUGGUGUGGACGUUAAACGUUAUGAGCUGCUUAUUUUCGCAGUCAUCAUGCGCGAAAGGACCUAACAGAUGAUAGCUGCUAAAAGUGCCGAAGAGAACUUCAGUCUCCAAAUACUGCAACAGAUACAUCUUAGAUGAGCCACAUUAUUCCAGGGGUUUGUGACAAAAUGCUCAAAACGACAGACGCAGCUCUCCACAAGAGCUAGCAGCCGCAUCAAGCGGCCUCUGGGCUACGAAUGCCGCGAGAGGUGGCUGUGUUUAGCCCAGCAGUGGUUGCUCAAAGUGACCACGCCCCUAAUUAUGCAUAACUUUAUAAUAUUUUUUUGUACCAGGUAGUAAACAUGUUUGUUUCUGUUCUGAAGUUGGACAUUUUUAUAUGGACUUUAAUGGGAAAACAAAGUUAUGCAUAUUUAGGGGCGUGGUCGCUCAGAGUGACCACACACUUAAUUAUGCAUAACUUUAUAAAAAAAUUGUACCAGGUUGUAAACAUGUUUCUGUUCUGAAAUUGUACAGGACUGGACUUUAAUGGGAGCCUGCUCGCUUUUGGAUCCACUCUCAAGUGGCCAGUCAAGGAACUGCUACUUUUUCUUGUGGGCGGGCCUCAUCGGAGCCUAUCAAAACUCUGCUUGGAUGAAACUCAUUUGCAUCUUUGUGUAAAACACCAUGGGGUUGUUUCUGGGUCUGUGGUUUUUAUUCAGACAGCUCAUUGUGUUAUUGGAACAGGCAUUUCUGUAGUUCGUUGCUGCAGUUCUUCCUAACUGCUGACCUUUGACCACUUGCGGAUGCGCCAGUGACGUUGGACUCGCCCCCAGUCUGUUAUCCUUGCUCAGCCUGUAUCAUUUGCCCCUCAUCUUAAGACUGCUCCUGUGUGAGACUUUGUCCACCACGGGACUUGGACACAACACAGCAGAGACAAAGACACCUUUCAGAUUGUGACCACCAGAGUGCUCUGUAGUCUGAGGAACCCAUCAGCCAGCUAUGACUCUUAAACAAAUUCCAGCAAAUGUUCAGUUGUUAAAGUUUUACAGUAUUUGAUAAUGAAUUGAGCUGCAAUAAUUGAAUAUUAAAUUAAUUACAAACUUUUAAUUCUUUUUUAAUAUGAUUUUUCUGAUUUCAGCCCCUUGAAUGUUAAUCAGAGUAAAAUUAUUUUCAGAAAGUCAACUUGGGGUUUGAGAUAAAAGCUGGCAUUUUU